AUCUUAGUUCCUGCUAGCCUAUUAGAUCUUUCGGAGGGCCGAUUUGUCUGCCCUCGAGCGUCAUCUCGAUUCACUACUGGCCUAUCUUCUCUGGAUCUUGGGGAAACUACUGCAAAUGCUAUGGGAUCUCGUCCUCAUCACCACCUCCAUCUAAGACUUGCUGAGAUCCGCCUAGGUCGACUUGUCAGCUUCCUUGACUCUUUGAUUCGUGCCAGCUUAUUUGGUGGACCUCAAAUAAGAAAAUCGUCUCUAAAUGCUACCAUAGGGACAGGUAGACAUGGGGCAAUUUCUAAAAAGGCCUCAGCAGCCUUCAAUGUUUUUGUAAAAAAUACUCAUAGAAAGGCCCAAUCCAUUGAUCAAACGGAUGUCAAAGGACUGAAUCAAAUUGAAUCAACUAGUUCAAAUAGAGACUUGGUGAGCAAAGAAUCUCGAUCACAUGGGAGUCACCUCAUACCAUAUCUACUUAUUUGUCCUUUCUUAUCACCAAAAUGUGAGUGA